ACGAGCCUCACGCUUAAACUCAUUCAUUUAUCCACGCAAGCAAGAUCCAAAAGCUCUAAUUAACUUUCUUUCUUUCUUUCUCUCUGCAGCAACAAGAUGUGGAACCAACCAUUGGGAAAAACCGAUUUGGAAAGCGGUUCUCGCCCGCUGUAUCCGAUGAUGCUUGAGAGCCCCGAACUGCGCUGGUCUUUCAUCAGAAAAGUAUACUCCAUAAUCGCCAUACAGUUGCUCGUAACCAUCGUCGUCGGCGCCGUCGUCGUCACCGUCCGCCCAAUCAGCGUCUUCUUCGCCACCACCGGCGCCGGAUUGGCUCUCUACAUCGUCCUCAUCUUUGUCCCCUUCAUCACGUUGUGUCCACUUUACUACUACUCCCAGAAGCAUCCCGUCAAUUACUUGCUCCUAGCAGUUUUCACCGUGUCUCUUGGUUUUGUCGUUGGAUUGAGUUGCGCCUUUACUAGCGAGAAAGUUAUUCUGGAAGCUGUCAUAUUGACUGCUGUGGUGGUGAUUGCUCUAACACUCUACACAUUUUGGGCUGCAAGGAGAGGCCAUGAUUUCAACUUCCUUGGACCCUUCUUGUUUGGUGCAGUGCUAGUUCUUAUGGUCUUUGCUCUGAUUCAGGUUCUGUUUCCACUGGGUAAAUUGUCCGUGAUGAUCUAUGGUUGCUUGGCAGCCAUUAUAUUUUGCGGCUACAUCAUCUAUGACACAGACAACCUGAUCAAGAGAUACUCGUACGAUGAAUACAUUUGGGCUUCGAUCUCCUUGUAUCUGGACAUCAUUAACCUCUUCCUGUCUCUGCUCACUAUUUUCAGAGCCGCUGAUAGUUAGAUCAUUGUGUCAUAUGCAAUUCCGUUCCUUGCCUGCACAUUAUUUGUUUUUUGUGGGGGACGAGAGUGGGUUCCGAAAACAAAUUCUUGUCAACUAGUAUAUCUUUGGGGCUUGCUCUGUUGCUAGGUGUCUUGUAUACAAUGGAUUAUUGUCAAAAGUUGUUCAUAAAUAGUAGAUUAGCGAUGAAAUUUUGUACUUGAUUAUAAACACGACUUUCCCUUUCUUAUUUGUGUUCCUUAUUGUUUAUAUUAGAAUACAAGAUAUAAUAUAUGGGGCAUUGGCUCAUGAUAUGGAAAAAA